AUGGCGAAGGACGAGGAGACUAUGACAAGCUCUGCCAUGGCUGACGGCAUCAUUGCCGCCAAGUCCAAGAAGUCCAAGAAGUCCGACAAGAAGGACAAGAAGGACAAGAAAGACAAAAAGGACAAGAAGAGCAGGAAGUCGGAGGAAGCCACCGAAGACGCUUUGUCUCAGUCACCCUCCACCACCGCUGAAGACUCACCAGCCGUCGUAGAGCAGGCGGCUGCCGAGCAGCCCAAGAAGGACAAGAAGGAGAAGAAGGAGAAGAAGGACAAGAAGGAGAAGAAGGAGGCCACCGCGGCUGCUUCGUCCGAUGAGGAAGUCGAAUCUAGGUCUGAGUCUAAGACUGAGUCUAAGAAGGACAAGAAGGACAAGAAGGACAAGAAGGACAAGAAGGACAAGUCGGAGAAGAAGGACAAGUCGGAGAAGAAGGACAAGAAGGACAAGUCGGAGAAGAAGGAGAAGAAGGAUGUUGAGGAGGCGGAGGCGGAGGUGAGUCCGAUGGCGGUGGAGGAGGACGAGGAGCCGAUUAUUCGAAAGCGCGCGGCCGACGCGAGCAGCAGCUUCAAUGCCUCGCCGCCGAAGCGUGGCCGUGGCGACACGAGCAUCGUGUUUGUGCGAGGGCUGAUGUUCGGAAUUACUGCGGAGCAGGUGAGUGCGCACUUUGCAGGAUGCGGUGGAGUUGAGCGUGUGCGGUUCACGGCUAGCGACCACGGCAACUGUUUCGUGACGUUUGAUUCGGCAGACGGCGCAAGCGCGGCUCUUGGACUGGAUGGCCAGACGGGUCCUGGUGGUACGGACCGUUAUUUACAGGUGCGGGAACACACCUUUGGUCGGUGGUAUGUGCCCGAGGCCGUCAGCGUUGAGACUAACGCAGACUAUGACCAGGUCCUGAGGGAGGGUAUGGCACACUACGGCACCGUCACUGACGUCCAGUAUUUCGGCGACUCCGCCCUAGUCACCUUCGAGACUGAGGACCAAGCAGAUGCUGCCAUCGAAGGAGGCCGCAUGGACAUGGGCGACUACCAAGCCUUUGUUAAACUCGCCACCACCAAGAACAACUACGGAAUUGAAGAUCAACGAGGCUUCCAAGACGGCGGUCGAGGCGGUCGAGGCGGUCGUGGUGAUCGUGGCGGUCGCGGCGGUCGCGGCGGUCGCGGUGGACGCGGUGGACGCGGAGGCAACCGGUACUAA